AGAAAAGAACCCUAAUUCUAAAAAUACUGAAAUUAGUAAAGAAAUUGGAAAAGUGCGUCUCCCCAAAGUUUCAACUCUAUCAACGUUCUUCCCCCCACUUGCAGAUUCCCCCCCUAAUUUUGGGUACUCCAUGACUAGAUCUGCUCUCGCUCUUGAUCGCCCAAGCCUCUAAAUAUUUCGAUUCUACGUAUAACCACCACUCACCUUACAUCUGAUUGUGAUGAGAAUUAGAUAAUUUUGCUUUUCGUCAGCGGGUUUUUUCAAUGGCGGAUGCACUAUCUGUGGUUCCUGCAGCUGUUCUCCGUAAUCUCUCCGACAAGCUCUAUGAGAAGCGGAAGAAUGCUGCUCUGGAGGUGGAAGGGAUAGUGAAACAAUUAGCGAUGGCAGGUGAUCAUGAUAAGAUCACUGCAGUGAUCAAUUUGCUGACUAAUGAAUAUACCUACUCGCCCCAGGCAAAUCAUCGUAAAGGAGGUUUGAUAGGAUUGGCAGCUGCAACAGUGGGUUUGACUUCAGAAGCUGCACAACAUCUUGAUCAAAUUGUUCCUCCAGUCUUGAACUCCUUCGCUGACCAAGAUAGCAGGGUUCGUUACUAUGCCUGUGAAGCUCUGUAUAACAUUGCGAAGGUUGUCAGAGGCGAUUUUAUAGUGUUCUUCAACCAGAUAUUUGAUGCACUGUGUAAGCUCUCAGCAGAUUCAGAUGCCAAUGUACAGAGUGCUGCUCAUCUUUUAGAUAGACUUGUGAAGGACAUAGUCACUGAGAGCGAUCAAUUUAGCAUCGAAGAAUUUAUACCAUUGUUGAGAGAACGAAUGAACGUCUUGAACCCUUAUGUCCGUCAAUUUUUGGUUGGCUGGAUUACGGUUCUAGAUAGUGUUCCUGAUAUCGACAUGCUUGGGUUUCUUCCAGAUUUUCUUGAUGGCUUGUUUAACAUGCUGAGUGAUUCUAGCCAUGAAAUAAGGCAACAAGCUGAUUCAGCACUUUCUGAGUUUCUUCAAGAAAUCAAGAACUCUCCAUCUGUAGAUUAUGGCCGCAUGGCUGAGAUACUGGUUCAGAGGGCAGCUUCACCUGAUGAAUUUACUCGACUGACUGCUAUUACCUGGAUUAAUGAGUUUGUAAAGCUUGGUGGAGAUCAACUUGUUCCUCAUUAUGCUGAUAUUCUUGGUGCAAUCUUACCUUGCAUAUCAGAUAAGGAAGACAAGAUUAGAGUUGUUGCUAUCGAAACAAAUGAAGAACUUCGAGGAAUCCAAGCUGCUCCAGGGGUAGGAUUUGACGUUGGAGCCAUCCUAUCUGUAGCUAGGAGGCACCUGUCUAGUGAAUGGGAGGCUACACGAAUUGAAGCAUUGCAUUGGAUAUCAACCCUACUAAAUAGACACCGGGAAGGGGUCUUAUCAUUCCUGAGCGACGUUUUUGAAACUCUUCUUAAGGCACUUUCAGAUCCUUCUGAUGAGGUAGUGCUUUUGGUGCUUGAGGUCCAUGCACGCAUUGCUGAAGAUGAGAAGCAUUUCAACCAACUUAUUGUUUAUUUAGUUCAAAAUUUUCGGGAUGACAACUCUCUCUUGGAGAAACGUGGUGCUUUGAUUGUCCGUAGACUAUGCGUGCUUUUAGACGCAGAAAGAGUUUAUAGGAAGCUCUCCACUAUACUUCAACGAGAACCUGAACUGGAUUUUGCAUCUGUUAUGGUUCAGGCUUUGAAUUUGAUUUUGCUGACUUCGUCCGAGUUGGCAAGCCUUCGCGACCUCCUGAAAAAAACCUUGUUUGAUGCUGCUGCAAAAGACUUGUUCCUUUCUUUAUAUGCUUCAUGGUGCCAUUCACCAAUGGCUAUUAUAAGCCUUUGCCUAUUAGCUCAGACUUAUCAUCAUGCAAGUACUGUCAUUCAAGCGUUGGUUGAGGAAGAUAUUAAUGUCAAGUUUUUAGUCCAAUUGGAUAAAUUGAUCCACCUUCUCGAGACUCCUACUUUUGCAUAUCUAAGGCUUCAGCUUCUUGAACCAGGAAGAUAUAUAUGGUUGUUGAAAGCAUUGUAUGGUCUCCUAAUGCUCCUACCCCAGCAAAGUGUAGCAUUCAAGAUACUCCGGACCCGAUUAAAAACUGUACCUCCGUAUUCAUUCAGUGGUGAACAAUUCAAGCGACCUUCACCAGGGAAGGCUUUCACAGAAGUUAAUCAUGUUGGCGGAUCACAAAUUGCAGAGGAUGGUGAUGCAGAUGCAAGGAACGUCCAUAAUGGGAUAAACUUUGCCUCAUUGCUGAAGGACUUUGCCCGAGUCCAAGACCAGCACCGCUCACAUUCUAAGAAGCAGUCCCAAAUUCGUUGCAGUUCAGCAUCCUCAAAGGACAUAGAAAGACCGGAAGAAGCAAACCGUGCAUUGGCAGCGCCAGAUACAAACAGGCCUCCUUCGAGGACUUCUUCCCGUAGAAGUCCCGGGCAGUUGCAACUUUAAUCGUUUCGCAGUGUUGUCAAAAUUCAAUUAUACAGUGGGUUCGGGUGUUGGAGCACAGAGAGAGAUCCAACAGCAGAAAUUUGUAAAUUGUAUAUUCUGGUAGCUUCUUUAAUUGAAACCAUAAGGGUGAUGGGCAUUGGGUUUUUUUAGCAACGCUUGGAUAUUGCCAAGCUAUUCUUUCUUUCUUAUCCUUUUCCUUUUUCUCAUGAAGUGACAGAUAUACCCAUGUGGUUCUGUUGUUUUUAAUGAAAACCAUGUGGGGCCAGAUAGAUUACUAGGAUUGUUGUUAUUAUUGAGUUUGUUUCAUAUUCUGUCUUUUGGGUUAUAAUUCAUCUGUCACAAAUUGUAUAAUAAGUAAAGUACACCUUUUGCAUCUAAUAUUAUUCUUGUUUCUCAUUA